UGUCAAUUACGAGUGCGGCGUUUCUCCUACUCCAAAAUCUCCGUUUUUCUCUCUCUCUCUCUCUCUCUCUCUCUCUCUCAACCACCCCAUCGUCUCCUUCGCUCAACGUAGGCUGAGAGAGAGAGAGGAGGGGCGGAGCUCGGCGGCGGAGGCGGAGGCGGAGGAGGAGGCGACGAUGGCGGUGCCGGGGGGGCGCAAUGGUCUAAUGGAGGAGGAGGGAGGGGGCGAAGGGGAGGGGGGAUACUACGAGGACGAUGGGGACGCGUGGGCCGAUCCCGACCGCGAGAUCCCCCCGCACCUCCGCCCCCUCGCCGAGGCCGCGCAGCGCGGCGACGUCGACGCCCUACGCGCCGCCCUCGAUAAUUAUACCGGCAGCAUUGAUGAUCCAGUUGAAGAUGGCGAUACUGUCCUUCACUUGGCAUGUCUAUAUGGCCAUCUUUCUUGUGUCCAGCUACUAUUGGAACGUGGAGCUAGCUUGGAGUCUAAAGAUGAGGAAGGAGCAAUUCCUCUUCAUGAUGCUUGUGCUGGAGGUUUUUCUGAAAUAGUCCAACGUAUUCUUGAUUUUGCUGGCAAUCCUGAUUGUGUUAUGCGAAUGCUGAACACUGUUGAUGCUGAAGGAGAUACUCCUCUUCAUCAUGCCGCAAGAGGAGAACACCUGGAUGUUGUGAAGCUGUUGCUUGCUGCUGGUGCUUCUCCCAGGAAGGCAAAUGCUUAUGGCCAGACUCCCGCCGACCUUGCUGAUGUGGAUACAGAGGUUCAGUCGUUUUUAGCUGCACUUGUUGACGAUGCGGCCGAGUAAUUGAAGCUGCCGUCAAGUUGUUAAAAAAAACCAAUAGCAAAAGAAACUCUUUCAGUUUCCUUCUUCAAGCGAAAAUUGUUACCGCGACGUUUCUUUUUCUUUUUAUAAUGGUGACUGUUGCAGAUACUACCGAGACUAAAUUUUCUUUCAAGUGGCCUGGUUUUACAGUUACAAGGUAAUUUGGUUUAGAGUUAAGACGUAUACUCUAUUUUGUUCUUCCUGCAAUUGGCCUUGACUUUGUUUCUUAGUUUA